AUGGAGACGAAACAUCAGAAAAUGCCCAAAGUGGUAAAGGUAAAAAACAAAGCUCCAGCAGAAGUCCAGAUCACUGCUGAACAACUUCUGAGAGAAGCCAAAGAACGAGAUCUUGAAAUCUUGCCACCUCCUCCAAAACAAAAAAUCUCUGAUCCAGAUGAACUUGCUGAUUACCAGCAUAGGAAAAGAAAAGCCUUUGAGGACAGCCUCAGGAAAAAUCGUACAGUUAUUAGCAACUGGAUUAAAUAUGCACAAUGGGAGGAAAGUCAAAAGGAAGUCCAAAGGGCACGGUCCAUUUAUGAGAGAGCUUUGGAUGUUGAUCAUCGCAACAUCAUAUUAUGGCUGAGAUACGCUGAAAUGGAGAUGAGGAACCGACAAGUUAACCACGCUCGUAAUCUAUGGGAUCGAGCUGUAACUGUUCUUCCACGAGCCAAUCAGUUCUGGUACAAAUAUACGUACAUGGAAGAAAUGCUUGGGAAUGUGGCAGGUGCACGUCAGGUGUUUGAUCGAUGGAUGGAGUGGGAACCUGAUGAACAGGCCUGGCUAACAUACAUCAAAUUUGAACUACGCUACAAAGAGACUGACAGAGCAAGAAGAAUUUAUGAGAAGUUUGUGUCUGUUCAUCCAGAUAUUCGAAAUUGGAUCAAAUUUGCAAGGUUUGAAGAACAGCAUGGAUUCAUCUCAGGUACACGGGGUGUGUUUGAACGAGCAGUCGAGUUCUUUGGAGAUGAGUUAAUGGAUGAGAAGCUGUUUCUCGCAUUUGCAAAGUUUGAAGAAGGUCAAAGAGAGCAUGAUCGUGCAAGGGUAAUCUACAAGUAUGCAUUACAGCAUAUUCCAAAGAAUCGGACACAGGAAUUGUACAAAGCCUACACAAUCCAUGAAAAGAAAUACGGUGAUCGAACAGGGAUAGAAGAUGUUAUAGUUAGCAAAAGGAAAUUUCAGUAUGAAGAGGAGGUCAAAGCAAACCCAAAUAAUUAUGAUGCUUGGUUUGACUAUCUUCGUCUGGUGGAAAGUGAGGGUGAUCUGGAAGUAAUCCGUGAGACGUAUGAAAGAGCUAUUGCUAACGUUCCUCCCACCAAAGAGAAAUCAUUCUGGCGCCGCUACAUCUACCUUUGGAUCAAUUAUGCUCUCUUUGAAGAGUUGGAGGCAGAGGAUGUGAAGAGAACUCGGCAGGUGUACAAAUAUUGCCUUGAAUUACUUCCACACAAGCACUUUACCUUCUCGAAGAUCUGGCUGCUCUAUGCCCACUUUGAGAUCAGGAACAAGAACCUGACUGCAGCAAGGAAGAGCCUGGGUAUGGCUCUUGGGAUGUGCCCGAAAGACAAGCUGUUUAGAGGUUACAUAGAGCUAGAAAUUAAACUUCGAGAAUUUGAUCGGUGUCGCAUCCUGUAUCAGAAGUUUCUAGAAUUUGGGCCAGAAAACUGUGUCACAUGGAUGAGGUUUGCUGAAUUGGAGAUGUCGCUGGGAGACGCAGAUCGAGCAAGAGCCAUUUAUGAACUUGCAGUUAACCAGCCUCGCUUGGACAUGCCUGAGUUACUGUGGAAAGCAUAUAUUGACUUUGAAGUAGGGUUGAGUGGAACUGAUAAAGCCAGAGCGCUGUAUGAAAGAUUGCUGGAAAGAACAUUGCAUGUUAAGGUCUGGAUGAGCUAUGCACAGUUUGAAAUGUCUGCUUCAGAGGAAGGAAAUGUUCUUGCAAGACAAGUGUAUGAACGAGCAAAUCAGUCUUUGCGUGGAGCUGGUGAGAAAGAAGAACGUAUUUUACUCUUGGAGGCAUGGAGAGAUUUUGAGACCCAAAAUGGAGACAAGGAAUCUCUAGAGAAUGUGCUGCAGAAGAUGCCUCGAAGAGUCAAGAAAAGACAGAGAGUUCAGGCAGAUGAUGGGACUGAAGAAGGCUGGGAAGAGAUCUUUGAUUACAUAUUUCCAGAGGAUGAGGCUACUAAGCAAAACCUCAAAGUUUUGGAGAUGGCUAAAGCAUGGAAGAAACAGAAGGCGAAGGCCGAGGAAGAAGGUGAAGAAAGGAAGGCGGAGAAGUAA